AUGGGCAUCCAGCACCUCCUGCUGCUCCUAAUCUACCUGGACCCACUGUGCGCGAGCAAGAAACAGGGGAAACACGCGCCGCGGCGCACAGCCAAAGCCAAGGAGCUCAACGGCACCGCCACCGUGGUCGCCCCAACUGCUCGCGCUGCUGUCCCGCGGGUCCGCGCGCCCUCCCCGGUCGUAGGAGACCACGACACGUGUCUGGGUUAUUAUGACGUGAGCGGCCAGUACGACAAGGAGUUUGCGUGUAACAACACGGACCACCGGUACUGCUGCGGCAGCUGCUUCCUGCGCUUUUGCUGUCCGGUGCGCGCCAAGAGGGUCGAGCAGCGCGCGUGCACCAACUACAAUACGCCCGACUGGGUGAAGACGCAGCCGCCGUCGCCCGCGCCGACCGCCGACGCCUACGACCCUGCGCUGGACCGCACCAACACCACCGUGUACAUCACGUGCGGUGCCAUCGCGCUCGUGCUGCUGCUCGGCAUCGCCGCCAAGGUGGCGUACGACAAGGCCACGCGCCCGCCACAGGAGAUGAACGUGCACAGAGCUCUAGCAGACAUCCUCAGACAGCAGGAUCCAGUCACAUCCUCACAUUACGACACUGACAACAUGACCACCAUCGAUGGCUCACCGAAGGACAGCACACCUGUACGCAGCAACAAGAACCACUACACACCUGUACACAACAAAACCAACCACGGGCAUCAUGGGAAGGAUAAUUUCCGCAGUGCUCAGGACAUGCACAACUUCAUCUCCUCUGGGUUCGUCACGCUCGGCCGCGGACAGCUGAAAGCUCAACACUCUGUGGAUGAUCUGGGAUGGCAAGGAGACCUGGACAUUCCUCUGUCAUACGGUACAUAA